AUGUCUGACCCGUCGUUGGCAACGCUUUGCGUCCCUGCCACGUUCGGCACGCCCUCUCUUUUCGGAAUCUCCGACGUAAUGGUUGCGGCAUCCGUCGCCAGCAUCAAUGCCACGUUCGACACCUGGACCUUUUCCCAACCGAAGCGAUAUGUUUCAACCAGCUUCUGCAACGUAACAGUAUCGUACACGCAUCCCAAGCAGAACGACUGGGUUUCGGUUGAGGCUUGGCUUCCCGCUCCGGAGGCGUGGAACAACGUCCUCACAGCGGUCGGCGGCGGCGGGAUGGGCAUGGGCCGCAACUCGGCCAGCUACGGCUUUUUCAUGACGACCGCCGUCGAUGAUGGCUACGCCACCGUUACCACCGACGCAGGCAACCCCGGGGAUAUUGCCGUUUUGGGCGGUUGGGCCUUCCUCUCCGAUGGCAACACGAACCAGGUAGCGCUGCACAACGCGGCGGCGCGCUCGCUCGAAGAGCAGGGACUGCUGGCCAAGCAGCUGGGUGGGCGGCAGGGCUUGAUGGUUUCGCAGCGGUACCCGGACUUGUACGACGGCAUCCUGGCCGCCGCGCCCGCGCUCUCGCUCGACGUCUUCGCGUCCAUUCUUUGGCCCCAGCAGUACAUGGUCACCCAAGGCCACGUGCCGCACGAGUGCGAGAUGCACGCCGUAACCGUCGCCGCCGUGGCGUUUUGCGACACCCUAGACGGCGUCAAGGACGGAGUCGUGGCAGACCCGGCGCUGUGUCUCGAGCGCUUCGACCCGUUUUCCGUUGUCGGCAAAACGGUUAACUGCUCCGACGCCGCCGGCGGGCAAAUUACCGUGUCGACCGGCGCAGCGGCCGUGGUUAACGCAACGUGGCACGGCCCCAAGUACGCGGCGAGCGGCAAGCAGGUUUGGCCCGGUUUCCGGCCUGGCGCUGCCAUUACGUCCGGCGGGCCGCGGAUGAACAUUGUCGAAUCGGUAGCGAACACGGCCUGCGACGGGAACGGUACCUGCGUUGGGAAGCCGUGGCCCAUUGCGGACGUUGGCUUUCGCGCUAUGCUUGCCCGAAACAUGAGUUUCGACUUGGCCAGUAUGACGAGUGCACAAUUCGAGCACUUUAUUCGCUACGGCCACCAUGAGCUGCGUAGCUUCGCGGCAACAGACCCGGAUCUUACCGAGUUCCAAAGGGCUGGCGGCAAGAUGCUGAGCUAUCACGGACUCGCCGACAAUAUUAUCCCGCCCGAGGGCACAUCGCAGUACUACCAGCAGGUGACGGCUGUUUCCCCCGACGUGCACGAAUUUUACAGGCUCUUCGAGGUGCCCGGGCUCGGGCAUUGCUUCAGCGGCAGCUCGGGCCCCCCGGUGGCGCUCUUCAGCCAGCUGCGCGCGUGGGUCGAGAACGGGACGGCGCCGGCGUCCACGGGACACGAGCUGCUGAACGAGGUAACGGGCAAAAUCGACAACAGGUUGGCCUGCCCGUUCCCGCACAAGCCGCGGUUCGACGAGGGCUGCGGGGACGUGGGACGAGAGGCGUGCUGGUCGUGUCCAGAGCUGGUGUGA